CUGCAUCUGCAAAAGGUCGUCCGUCUCCCUAAGACACCUGACAGGCCAGCAGUGAGGGGCAGCAUGGCCAGACAUUGGACUACUUCAUGCCUCCUGCUGUGCGCCGGGGCUUUCUGUGCGCUUGCAUUGGAUCUUUCACAGGUUCAAGUGACAACCAGAAAGACUAUAUCAGGGGUGUUCAUGGUCACGCUGAAUAAUCAGUACAGCUUUAACGCCUCGGUGGCCAGUGAAGCGUGUAAAGCUCUGCACGCAAACAUCGCAACCCAAGCUCAGGUGGAGAUGGCUCUCCUGAAUGGCCUGGAGAUGUGCAGAUUUGGCUGGGUGGAGGAGAAGAUUGUAGUUGUCCCACGCAUUCAGGCCAGCCCAAAGUGUGGCAACAACAAAAUUGGACUUGUCACUUGGCGGGCAGCUGAAAGCAAAGCUUUUGAUGCGUUUUGCUUCAACGCUGACACAGUGACAACCCUGAGAGCCUCGACAGCUAGCAUUCCGACCACGGAGAGACCGGACAGAAGCACUUCCCCUCAGCAUCCUGCUACAUUUCCACCUUUCCUUAUCACCUCCACUCUGGCCAAGAGGCUCCCUGUCACCACUCCUACCUUCACACGCUCCUCUCUUUCUCCCUCAAUCCUUCCCCCGUUCUCAAGCAAAGCUCCUGAACAUCCCCCAAAAUCCACCUCCUCAUCUCAGUUCACUUAUAAAGCACUCCACACAACUACUGUCACCACCACCACCACCACUCGUCUACCAUCUUCCUCUCCUCCUUCCAUUCCUUCCUCCUCCUCCUCCUCCUCUCUCUCACCUCCAGUGCACACAGGUGAUCUCGCUCCAUCUCAUUCAAACUACCCCGAAAAAUCUAACGUAGGAGCAGCACCUAUUGCGAUCCUUACCACAGCGGUUCUAGUUCUUGGCAUAUUAGCUGGGACAGCCGUGUAUUACAAGAAAAAAGGAAGGAGUCUCCCGUUCCAGAGGCCGGCGCAGGAGAAAGGAGCUGCUGAGACAGAGAUGUUCAAGCACUUCCGGGAGCGCGACCUGAAGCGCCGCCAAUCAGGAGGAGAUGGAGAGAGAAGCAGGAAAUGCUCCAGUGACAUCACUCUCCUCAUGGAGCAGGAAGCCAAAGCAGAGAUAGCAUAGGGAUACAUAUGGAUAUAGGGCAUAGGGAUACAUAUGGAUAUAGGGCAUAGGGAUGCAUGGGAAUCAUGUCCUCCUAUCAGCACCGAAGUACAUUUCAUGAUUAGAUAUUCAACAACAACUCAAAUCUAUGUAAAUAUUUUUCAUGUCCUUUUUGCACAAAAACCAAAGACAAUUUGCAUUUUUACCCCAGCUGCUCUCACUCACUCUGCCUCAGGUGUUCACAGCUUAUAUAAUUUCUGAUGUUGUAAAUAGUAGACUGAUAGCUUCAGCUGCAUCUUAUGGAGCCACUGACUUUGACUUUGACAUUGUAACGAUUUUUGUAUUAUUUUCUUGCAUAACAUUUGGAGACUUUCUAUUGGCAAAACAUCUGUCCCAAUUGAACAAGCCAAUGCAUGAUUAUAUGCCAAAGCAGCAAGAAUAAUGAUCUCAUUCCUAGAUAAAUGUCACAAUCUGUGUUCACUAUUUCUCCAUUUAAUAAAACUGGAUGUGACAGAGGCAAGAAAAAGGGCCAUACGUGUUUUUAUAUGGACAUUUAUAUGGACACCUUCUUCAGCAAGAUACAGCUCUUGUUCCCACUACAUAAAAAUGAUAAGUGGUGUCCAGAGGAUAUGAACACAGAAUACAUUCUUACUUUUCACACUCAUGCUAUUUAUUUAUUAUGCUGUUGGCAUUGCUUCCUGUCAGAAUUGUAUGUGAUUAAACAAGCUAUAUUAAUUUCAUAAA